UCUCAUAUCUAUCAAUAAUUAAAUAAAACACAAGUCCUAAUAAACUUGUAAAGAGAAAAUGGCGGGAAAAGUGUGUAUGGUGAUGGCACUUAUCAUGAUAGGGUGUGUUUUACAAGCAUGCAAUGGAGCCAAUGUUGAUGAGAGCCAACCAACACAAGAUUCAAGGUUCGUUUGCUUCAGGACCUGUUCCAUAGCCUGUGGCAAACAAAACAAACCUUGUUACGAUGAAUGUUUGACCAAAUGUGGUCUCCCACAACGACCAGCAACACCUUCAUCACCUUCUACCACCGCUUGAUCUGAUCUAAUUUAUUUGUGAUUUGUGUCCUUGCUGCCGAGGAUGUCAUCUAUAUUCUUUUGUUUAUUAUGAAGAAAAUUUGAGAUUUAUAUAUUAUAAAUUUUGAUUAUA